UGCAACAACUUUUGUUUAUAACAUAUUUUAUAAAAGCGUUUACUUUUUGUAAAGAGUUUGCUACCGUUUUUUGCUGGAGAAGUCAAGUAAAAAUGUUAGUAAGGUCAUAUUUGCGAGAAACAAUAGAUGGAAUCGUCUAUAAAAGCAUUGAAAGUGAAUCAGAAAUGAUCGAAGUGAUUAACAUGUUUUUUGGAGAAUUCACUGAAGAUGUGCCAAUAAACAAAUUUCUUUUAUCGCAUUUUGAUAUGAUAGCUAGAAGUGUAGCUUGGGAAAAUAAUCUUAAAAAAUCUAUUGAAGAAGGAGUCAGCUUAAUAGCUGUUGAAGAAAAAACGAAUAAUAUAGUUGGAUUUAAAAUCAACUCUAUUGUAGAUUUAAAAAGUCAAGUAAAAAUGUUAGUAAGGUCAUAUUUGAGAGAAACAAUAGAUGGAAUCGUCUAUAAAAACAUUGAAAGUGAAUCAGAAAUGAUCGAAGUGAUUAACAUGUUUUUUGGAGAAUUCAUUGAAGAUGUGCCAAUAUGUACCUUUCUUUUAUCGCAAUUUGAUGUGAUAACUAGAAGUGUAGCUUGGGAAAACAAUCUUAAAAAAUCUAUUGAAGAUGGAGUCAGCUUAAUAGCUAUUGAAGAAAAAACGAAUAAUAUAGUUGGAUUUAAAAUUAACUCUAUUGUAGAUUUAAAAAGUACUUCUGAAAUAGAAGAACCAAUAUGUGAUGUUGAAGAAUCAAAAGUUGACUUUUUGAAAAGUGAUAAACUGGAUUUGUUUGAAAUAAUUGAAUUUCUUUGUACGGAAAUGGCUGACAUAAACGAUUUGUUGCUUGAAAAAAUUCCUACACUUCAGAUGUUAUUUUAUUCUUUUGCUGUUGGUACUUUAAGAAAUUUCAGGGGUAGAUCUAUUGGCUUUAAUCUACACAAGUAUUCUGUACAGAUAGCUCGAAGUAUUGGGGCACAAUGUAUUACUGUUUUUGCUGCAAACCCAAUAACGGUAAAGAUUAUCUCUAAACUUAACUAUCGGAAAAUUAAAAGCAAAGCGUGGAAUACUUUUGAAUUUAACGGUAAAAAAUUAUUUGCUGAAUACCAGAACGGAGCAGAUUACGCCACUACUGUCUAUUUAGAUUUAACAAACUGAAGAUUUUUAGUAUGUGUAAGUUUACACUGAACUGUCGCAUAAUGUAUUUAAAAUACUUUAAAUAAAAUGUAUUUGGGAAGUUUUUAA